AAGCUACUUAAUUAAACUUUCCAGGUUUGUUUCUUUAAUGUGAGAAGGAAUACUCGUUUUUUCCUGGUCUGUCUGAGAGUAUUGCACCUCUGGUAGUGAGCUUAUACCCUGGGUAGCCAGGGCUGAUGUAGCCGCAGUGUGAACACAAAUGUGGAGCCCACGUGGUACCUGCUGGUGUUGUGGGGAUGCUCUGGGCACUUAAACACCGCUGGAUGGAGGCUCCCACUUUGGCAGCAUGCUACUGCAGGUCAGAUCCAAGCAGUGAUGAGGAUGGACUUUGAUCUGAGGGGAGACUGACUGCAGAAACGCUUGCUCUACUAGUCCAUUCUUCCAGUUCCUAGCCUUGCUCUGCGCGUGUCCGUUACAUGACUGCGCUACCGAGCGCCAUCAGGUGACGCAGAGCUGUUCUGAAACGUGAAGGUGCCGAGCAAGAGCACCCUGAACUCGCAGACUGAGCAAGGAGACACCGAGGCAGUAGAGAGCUGAUUUCUUCAAGUGCUGCCUGCUUGUUUUUUUAAGUCGUGAAAGCUCUGUAUGUCACUUAGAAAAGCAUCUGCAAAAGGGGGAGAUAGGUAUCAUUGUUUUGGGGUGACACCUGCCUAUGACUUCAACAGUUCUCGUCCUGGCACACUAAAGUCAAGCCUUUGCAAAGAUUUUCCAGUACCGCUUCCUUCCUCGCUGGACGGGUACAGGCAAAAACAGUUCAAUGCAGGCUUUGGGAUUUUUUCAGCACAUUCACGGUGUAUACGUGCUCUAAAUGCCUACAAUACAGAGGAAUCCAGCUACUUCUAAUGGGAUGCAUUUGCAUAAAGGAAGAAUUCCUCUUCUAAGAUGGGUAAUAAGCAGACAAUAUUUACUGAUGAACAGCUGGAUGCCUACCAGGAUUGCACAUUCUUCACUCGGAAAGAAAUCCUUCGGUUGCAUGGCCGGUACCAUGAAAUGGCACCAAACGUUGUGCCCAUGGACUAUACAAAGGACCCGGAUGUUAAACUACCUAUGCAGCUUAUAAUAAACAUGCCUGAGCUAAAGGAAAAUCCCUUCAAGGAAAGAAUUGUGGAAUCUUUCUCAGAAGAUGGAGAGGGGAGCCUCAGCUUCAAUGAUUUUGUGGACAUGUUCUCUGUCCUCAGUGAAAUGGCUCCCAGAGAGCUGAAAGCAAUCUAUGCCUUUAAGAUCUAUGAUUUUAACACAGAUAACUUCAUUUGUAAAGCAGACCUGGAAAAAACCCUCAAUAAGCUGACUAGAGAAGAGCUAACAGCAGAAGAAAUCACUUUAGUUUGUGAGAAAGUGAUAGAAGAAGCUGACAUGGAUGGUGAUGGGAAGCUAGGAUUUGCAGAUUUUGAAAACAUGAUUUCCAAAGCACCAGACUUUCUCAGUACUUUCCACAUAAGAAUCUGAAGAUGUUUCUGUGAGCCAGUGUUAUCAGAAGUGACUUGCCAGUCCAGCCUUUCUGAAUCUCAGGCGCCUUGGGGGCUUUUGUCCUCUUAUUGUGGCUUCUUAGAACGCAAAAAGUAUUGAAAUAAUUAUGAUGCACAAACGGAGAGAAGCAUCAUUUGAUCUACAGGAUAUUUGGAACAGUUGCAUUUUUAUCUUCGCUGCUGGCCAAGCACUCUGGCAAAGAUGGUUGGGUUGUGGUUAUUUUUUUAAAAACAGGCAGAGUAUCAUCAGAAUAUUAUUAAAGGUAUUUCCACAUAGUUUUUAUAUUUAUGAAUAUUUAAUACUGCUCUUAAAAGCAAAAAAAAAAAAAAGAUGAUUGACAGGAAGAUGAAGUUGGGUGACUUUUCCAAGAGAAAGCAAGCAUGGGCCUUAAAUAACGAGUUGCCUCUAUCACUGUGGUGUACAGCUGGGGGUCUUGCAUGGAAAUACUCUUACAUGAAAGAACUGCAGUCAAGAUCAAACUCCCAGUGUUGAAGACAACCACAUCCCAGGUUUGCCUUUCAGUCACUGAAAUGGCAGGUGCUGGGUUUGGUGCUUACCUUCAACCAAUAUUUUAUGGAUUGUCAUGUCCUUAUGAAACUUGAAAUAUUUGCCUUUUGUAUAUGAUAACUGCAUAUGUGAUUCAUUUCUUUCCAAGAUUAACUUUAAAACUGUGUCCUUAAUCUCAAAGGAAGUCUUGCAUUUUACUGAUUCUAUGGGCUGAUAGUGUUGAAUAGAAGAAUACGAUCAUCUGUUACCCAUGAAGAAAUUAAAGAAGCACAGCACUAUUACUAAGGACAUGAAAAGACAUUUUCUUUCUAAACAAGCUAUGCAAUCUUUCCCAUAAAAUGCAUGAAUGCAGCUCUGUAUUUCUCCUUCCUCUUCAGCUGGAAAUCAGCUAUGUUCUUUUUAUUUUAUUCCAGUACUGUUUAGGUACUGUGGCCUGAAGACAAUCAUACAUGUAUUACUGUUCUAACAGUCAAUAGAAGGGCUCUGUCACUUACAUGGCUUCUGUAUCAAAGUCAUAACAAUUAAAACUUUUGACGCAUUUUAUCGUGCUUUGAGAAUUUUUAGGCUAAGCACAUUAACUUCCAUUCUACUCAUUAUUCCAACUACUGUAAAGUUAAAUCUUUCAAAGGCUGAAACAUGUUACACUUAUUGAAAUAGCUGAUAAAAUAUAGAAAUUAAUCCUUUUUGCCAUUUCUGUAGGUAUGAUGAUGCUCUCUACUGUGGAACUUGUAAUGGAUGGUAAGCUUGCAGUUUGGCUUUCUGUUGAAAUGCGCAAUCUCCUUUUCUUUUUUCCCAGGGCUAAUUUUUGUUUGCUUACCCGUUAGAGGCACUUCUGAUGCAGUCUCACAAGGUGGCACCAUAACAUCACAUCACAUCAUGACUUGAGUUACCUGUUUAAACGUUUCUCUGAAAUACAGGGUACUUAUGUACUUUGAUGCUACAAACAAAAAGAUGAAAACUGCGGUUAUCUGUUGAUUUUAAAACUGUAGGUAAUAAGACAAAACUUCAUAUUUGCUAAAAUUAACAGUUAAAUCUUAAAAUGGGCAAAAAUAAAUACUGUUGAAACAGAUACAUGAAAGUUAAAUGAUUUUGUGUUAUCGAGUUUUGUGUAUCGAGUUUGUGUACAAGAGAACUUCAUUUGUAAUACAUGUUAAUUGGACUGUGACCCACUAUAGUGACAGUUUCUGCCUUAUUGCAUUUUAAACCCACUCUCAAAUGCAGAUACUGUAAGUUUCCAGGCAAUUAUUUUUUUCCUUUUGCAUGGCAUUGGUCUCAGUGCUAUCCGAUAGCAUUAAGAGUACCAGGUUGUUUUUCCCUUUUAUGAGUUAAUGUGCUUUUAAUUCCAUCUGUUCAGUUUUGCUGUCUUUCAAUAUAAUUAGAUAUUAUGUUCUUUUUUUUUUCAUUACGUAAUAGCAACUUGUGUUUUUUUAUGUAGAAAUCAUUAUUUCAUAUA